GCUAUUUUUGUUGUUUAUUUUUUUUCCAUCUUGUGUGAUUUUCCAUUCCUUCAAAACUGUACUCUCUUUCUCCCCUGUGUGCUGCUACAACACAUGCGUCUCUCAUCAAAAUCUCUGCGCCCUAGAUCCAUCCCUCUUAUGCAGACACUGUAAAAAAAAAAAACCUCCCCUUUAAUUUUCUUCUCUCCUGUCGGAAAUUUUAUAAAAAAGUUUCAAUCUUUUUCUUGAACUUUUGGCAAAACAAACGAUUUCCCUUUUGCCUCAGGCAGUGCGGUCGUCUCUCGCUGCAAGAUACUCAGGAAAGGGUUCUUCGAUUUCAAGUGUUCCUGGAUUUCAUUAGCUUUGGUUGGUUUCAGACAUUCCGUGCCUGUGUUGUCCCAUGUGGUCCGUUUCCUGGUUGUGGAUGGCUUUUGGUGGGGGGUUUAUGACGAGGAUGGUAUUGGGAGAGGAAGAACUAGAAGAUGGAAAAGUUUUGAAGGAGCUCUUUUGCUUUUAGUGUAAGAGAUUUUGCGGAGAGUUGCAGUGAAUUGGACGAUGGGUUGUGUUUGCUGCAAGCCCUCUGCUAUCGAAGAUAGCAAAGAGAGUCCCCCGAGAGAGCGUCUCUCCAGCAAAUCCGCCGCCGAGGUUAGGGCUUCUGGAGCGGUUACUUCGUCUAGAAGAGAAGAAUCUCUAAGAACGAAGGAGCGAUCCGAUGGAACGAGCGUAAGACCGGUGUUGAGUGAUAAGCAAGGAAAUCCUCCGAUGCGUUUUCGUGGAGAGGAUUUCAAUAGGAAGGGGGAGAGGAUGGCGAAGAUUGCAAUGGGAAGCAUACCAAAGGCAACUGAAGGAGAGCAUGUUGCAGCCGGAUGGCCUCCGUGGUUGGCCGCUGUGGCUGGAGAGGCUAUCCGUGGUUGGGUACCACGUCGUGCAGAUUCUUUCGAGAAGUUGGAUAAAAUUGGUCAGGGGACUUAUAGUAAUGUAUAUAGGGCUCGGGAUCUUGACCAAAAGAAGAUCGUGGCGCUGAAGAAAGUUAGGUUUGAUAAUUUGGAGCCUGAAAGCGUGCGUUUUAUGGCAAGAGAAAUCCACAUAUUGCGCCGGCUUGAUCAUCCGAAUGUCAUAAAGCUGGAAGGCUUAGUUACAUCAAGAAUGUCAUGCAGCUUGUAUCUUGUUUUUGAGUACAUGGAGCAUGACUUAGCUGGAUUAGCCUCACAUCCUGCAAUUAAAUUUUCUGAAUCACAAGUCAAAUGUUACAUGCAGCAACUUCUACGUGGCCUGGAUCAUUGUCACACUCGUGGUGUACUGCAUCGGGACAUAAAGGGCUCGAACCUUCUGAUAGAUAACAAUGGAGUACUAAAGAUUGCUGACUUUGGUCUGGCUAGUUUCUUUGAUCCUCAUCAAACUCAGCCUUUGACGAGUCGCGUGGUAACCCUUUGGUACCGACCACCCGAGCUUUUGCUCGGAGCAACUCACUACGGAGCUGCUGUGGAUUUAUGGAGUACAGGUUGCAUUCUUGCAGAACUAUAUGCAGGCAAGCCUAUUAUGCCCGGAAGAACCGAGGUGGAACAGUUGCACAAGAUCUUCAAGCUAUGUGGCUCGCCUUCCGAGGACUAUUGGAGAAAAUCAAAGCUGCCUCAUGCAACAAUCUUCAAGCCUCAACAGCCAUAUCGACGUGUUGUGGCCGAAACAUUUAGGGAGUUUCCUGAGCCAGCUUUAGACCUUCUUGAAACCUUACUUUUAGUCAAUCCCGAUGAACGUGGAACUGCUGCCUCUGCCCUCCAGAGCGAGUUCUUCACUAUUAAACCCCUCCCGUGCGACCCUUCAAGCUUGCCGAAAUACCCUCCCUGCAAAGAGCUUGACGCGAGGAUGCGGGAUGAAGAAGCUAGAAGGCAAGGGGUGGCAGGAAACAAUAACCAUAUACGCCAAGAAAGGAGAGUAUCAAAGGAAUCUCGAGCCGUCCCUGCGCCCGAGGCCAACGCAGAAUUAGCCGCAUCAAUGCAGAAAAGACAGGGCCAGUCUACUUCAAGAAGCCGGAGCGAGAAGUUUAAUCCACAUCCUGAAGAAGUUGCUUCCGGUUUCCCUAUCGAUCCACCGAGGCCAUUGCAAACCUCGGAGAGUAAGGCAGAUUCUCAGGGCAUCCCUCAUAAGAGAGCUUCGCAUUCAGGUCCCCUGGCUCGUAGGUCUGCUUCGGCUACUAGAAACUACGAUGAUUCCCACAAAGCCUCGGCCGCAAUGCCGGGUUUGGCUGCAGCUAGGACCAGCGGUUCGCAGCAAGAGACUGUCAGAGGAAUGGCUCGGCUCUCGGGAUCCUUCAAAGGAGCCGUCGAGAUCUCUGCAGAAUCUAACCAGAGGAAUGAUGGUAGAAGCAACAAGCAAGACCCAAUUCUCAUGGGAUAUGGAUCAAAAGGCUACAAGAUUCACUACUCAGGGCCGUUGGUGGUUCCAUCGGGAAACAUGGACCAGAUGCUGAAAGAGCACGACCGCCAUGUCCAGGAAGCUGUGAGAAGGGCACGAAUCGACAAGGCCAGAGUCAGAAAGGUUCAGGCAGAUGAGACCAGCCAAGUCCCGACCAACCCCUUGUCCGUUUCUGGCCGUUGACCUCUUCCACAAUAAUAGGACAACAACAACAAAAAACGGACAAGAUUAUCGUCGGGGUCCCCAUCAGACACAGUUUGUGGGAUUGCGUCGUGUUACGUGAAGAUAAUGAAGCGAUGAAUUAUUGGAUGAGCCUACGAAUUUGAAACGAGUGGCCCUCUCGCCAAAUAAACAAUCCCCAAGUUGCAUGCUUUUUGUUGAAGCCCAUGCAAAAUGACCACAACACCCGCCCGCCACCUUUUGUUUAUUUGUUAUCAUAUAUCUAGGUUUUGGACAUUUAUUUAUA